AUGAAGGUUCCUGUAAUUGGAAUUGAUCUUGGAACGACUUAUUCGUGCGUGGGUGUUUUCCAGCAUGGGAAAGUGGAAAUAAUCGCCAACGACCAAGGUAAUAGGACAACGCCGAGUUAUGUUGCCUUUACAGAAGCCGAGCGCAUCAUCGGAGAUGCUGCAAAAAACCAGGUAGCAAUGAAUCCGAAAAAUACUAUUUUUGAUGCCAAAAGACUUAUCGGAAGAAAAUUUGAAGAGCCGUCUGUCCAAAGUGACAUGAAACAUUGGCCAUUCAAAGUUACUAACAAGCAGGGAAAGCCAAUGAUACAAGUUGAAUACAAGAAUGAAAUAAAGUCCUUUAGUCCUGAGGAAAUUAGUUCGAUGGUACUGACCAAAAUGCGCGAGACUGCGGAAGCGUUUCUAGGAGAGAAAGUAACUAAGGCUGUCAUCACAGUUCCGGCGUACUUUAACGAUUCACAGCGCCAGGCAACAAAAGAUGCGGGUAUCAUCGCAGGAUUAGAGGUAUUACGAAUGGUAAACGAACCUACGGCUGCAGCCCUUGCGUACGGUCUUGACAAGAAUUUAUCGGGCGAAAAGAAUGUUCUAAUUUACGAUCUAGGCGGGGGCACGUUCGAUGUAUCGAUUCUUAACAUCGACGAAGGUUCAGUCUUUGAAGUGCAGUCGACAGCGGGUGACACCCAUCUUGGAGGAGAAGAUUUUGACAACAGAAUGGUUGAUCACUUUGUAAAAGAAUUCAAGAGGAAAUAUCAAAGGGAAAUAACUUCAAACAAACGAGCCCUUAGAAGACUAAGAACUGCGUGUGAAAGAGCCAAGAGGACAUUGUCCAGCAGCACAGAGGCUAGUAUAGAAAUAGAUUCCCUUUGCGACGGGGUUGACUUCUAUACAAAAAUAACCCGCGCCAGAUUCGAGGAACUGUGUUCUGACUUGUUCAAAAGUACAAUGGAGCCUGUCGAAAGAGCAAUAAAGGAUGCCAAAUUAGACAAGUCUAAAAUCCACGACAUCGUUCUGGUUGGCGGAUCAACACGAAUACCAAAGAUACAAAAACUGCUUUCUGAUUUCAUGGGAGGAAAAGACUUAAACCGCUCUAUUAAUCCAGAUGAGGCUGUAGCCUACGGCGCUGCUGUUCAGGCUGCCAUUUUGUCGGGUGAUUCCAGUGAUGUUAUCAAAGAUUUGCUUUUGAUUGACGUUGCGCCUUUAUCCCUUGGAAUUGAGACGGCGGGUGGUGUUAUGACAAAUCUUAUUGAUAGAAACAGCCGAAUUCCGUGUAAAAUUGGCAAAACUUUCACGACAUACUCUGAUAAUCAACCAGGCGUCCAUAUUCAAGUUUUUGAAGGAGAACGCGCCAUGACAAAGGACAACCAUAAACUCGGAAACUUCGAUCUUACGGGUAUUCCUCCUGCGCCUAGAGGUGUUCCACAAAUCGAUGUUGAAUUUGAUUUAGACGCCAACUGCAUUUUGAAUGUUUCUGCAGUAGACAAGAGUACGGGUAAGUCUAAUAAGGUGACCAUUACCAACGACAAAGGUCGGCUUAGCAAGGCUGAAAUUGAUAGAAUGGUUUCGGACGCAGAAAAAUACCAGGAGGCGGACGAAAAACAGAAGCAACGCGUACAAUCUAAGAACCAGUUAGAAAACUACGUUUACGGCAUCCGCAAUGCAGUGGAUGAGGAAAGGGGAAAACUCCAGCCCUCAGAGAAGACAGAGGCACUAAAUGCCUGCGAGGAAGCCUUGAAAUGGUUAGAUCUUAACGCCGAUGCUGAAACGUCUGAAUUUGAAGGUAAAUUGAAGAUGGUCCAGGAGACCUGUAGUCCAAUUAUGACAAAGCUUCACAGCGAACAAAAAGAAAGUAGUACAGCAGGUGGACCAAAGGUGGAAGAAGUGGAUUAAUGAUGUUUCAAAACACGUGACUAUCAGAUUACUCAAAGAAAUGACGAAUAUAUGUAGCAGGUGACGAUGCGAGUUUUUUGUUCGUUUUUUUUAUUUUCUUCAAAGAAUUAAAUGAAUAAUCACUUAUAGAAAUAAUGUGUGUACAUGUACCGUUUUAUGUAUAAACAUUGAUAUAUCCCCCAAUAUGCAUUCAAUCAAAAUUAAAAACAAAGUUAUGGCCA